CUCGCUUCAGAUUUGCGGGUUUGUGUGUCCCUUAUCCCGUCCGGGGCAAAACUAUUUUGAUAUUCCUUUAUCUGUGGAUCUUCCGGAGUUGUGCCCGUGGUCCGUGGGAAAAGAGUCAUCAAGUGCUUCCCUCCACCUUUUUAAGCUCCGCAACCGCCACAAAAUAAUCUCAGCAAUUCCUGGUGACAGUGCAGUGCAGGGCCGGCUAACUCCCUCUCUACCGUGCUAUCACCAUAAAUUCUGCGGAUCAACCCAUCAUGUGCUCAUUCCAACUCGCCCGCCGUAGGGCGCUAUUGCAGAGUUUCGCCGCCCCUUGUGCUGUGCCGAAUUCCACCAUGAAUCAGUUAUGGAAGAGAUGCUUCACUGCCAUACCAGCUGCUGCUUCCAAGUUAGCUGGCCUUGAUCCGACCAAGCUCACAGUCACUAAAACAAGCACGCCCAAAGAGUUGACAGCCGCCAAGAACCUUGUCUUUGGGAAAACUUUUACUGACCACAUGCUUUCAAUUGAAUGGACAGCAGCUGAUGGCUGGCAUGCGCCCCAGAUCGUUCCCUACCAGAAUCUGAGUCUUGAUCCCUCUGCAUGCGUGUUUCACUAUGCAUUCGAGUGCUUUGAAGGUAUGAAGGCAUACAAAGACAACAACGGCCAGGUCCGGCUCUUCCGUCCCAAUAAAAAUAUGGCACGCUUGAAUAAAUCAUCAUCCAGAAUUGCGUUGCCCACAUUCGACGGCGAUGCUCUGACCAAAUUGAUUGGAGAACUUGUGAAGCUUGAUAGUAGAUUUAUCCCAGAUGCUCGAGGAUACUCAUUGUACCUGCGUCCCACAAUGAUUGGCACUCAAAAGACUCUUGGCGUCGGCCCCCCGGGUAGCGCACUUCUAUUCGUGAUCGCAAGCCCCGUGGGUCCUUACUAUCCUACUGGCUUCAAAGCCAUCUCUCUUGAGGCCACCAACUAUGCAGUUCGCGCCUGGCCUGGCGGCGUUGGAGACAAGAAGUUGGGUGCCAACUACGCUCCUUGUGUGCUACCUCAACUCGAAGCUGCCUCUCGCGGUUUCCAGCAGAACUUGUGGCUUUUCGGGGAAGAAGAGUACAUCACUGAAGUUGGUACGAUGAAUCUCUUUGUCGCGAUGAAAAACAAGGAAACCGGCCAGAAAGAGCUGGUGACUGCACCGUUGGAUGGAACAAUUCUUGAAGGUGUCACUAGAGAUUCGGUAUUGGCCCUGGCAAGGGAACGACUGGUGCCAAAGGGCUGGGCAGUCGCAGAACGCAAGGUCAGGAUGGCUGAGCUUGCUGAAGCAGCUCAGCAGGGAAGACUUAUUGAGGUCUUUGGAGCCGGGACUGCUGCUAUCGUCAGCCCUGUACGCAAGAUCAGCUACAAGGGUCAGUUGGUUGACUGCGGUUUGAGAGAAAAUGAAGAGGCCGGUGAAAUCGCUUUGCAGAUGAAGAAUUGGAUUGAGGGUAUCCAGUAUGGUGACGAGGAACACCCUUGGAGCUACGUUCUAUAGAGCCGGAUUCGAGAGAGAUAGAUUUAUCUGUUCUUUACCACGGCCACGUGUUGUGCAUGCUUUGCUGUCUUCGAUAGACGGAUCUAAAACUAGUGGCUUGGUUUUAGAGGACUUAUGUAUGGUUAAUCAUUGUUCGAUGAGACACAAAACAUAAACACUACAAGAACAGUCUGAUUUUUGUCCAACAGUGGGGUCUAUCUGUCAAGAAUUUUCAACCAAGAUCCAGGAUACGCUAUCACCGGAUCGUCUAGCGAUGCCCGUUCUACCGCUAAAUGCACGGAAAGCAUAGUCUUCAGUAGGCGGAGCUGGACAAAGCUCACAAAAGACUUUAGAGUUCAGGACAUCGACUACUUCCUUCGAUUGGGGAGGGAGGGUUUGUUCUGGAGUACCUGUUCCCGACGUUCGAGGCCAGCAUAUGGUUUGUAAUAGUGCCCACAUGUAGUAUGUAACCAAUGGGGACACACGAAGAUUCUACCUUUG